GCCCCUUCGUCACUUCGUCAUAUAAAAGUGCGCGCGCCGAUUCCUCGACAUCAGUUUGUGUGCAGACGUUCAAACGAAGUCAAGUUAUAGCAAAAUGAUCGCCAAAGCCGCAGUGAUCCUGUCCGUGGUGGCGCUAGCGUCGGCGGGGCUCGUGCAGCUCGGCCACGGCUACGAGGGCUACGAACACGCGCUCCAGUUCGCGCCCGCCGCGCACGCGCACUACCCCUCGCACGACGAACACGUCGACUAUCAUGCUCACCCUAAAUACGACUACUCCUACUCAGUGUCAGACCCGCACACCGGAGACCACAAGACCCAGCACGAGGCUCGCGACGGAGACGUGGUGAAGGGAGAGUACUCGCUGCUGCAGCCUGAUGGCUCCUUCCGCAAGGUCACCUACACCGCGGAUGACCACAACGGUUUCAACGCAGUGGUGCACAACACCGCGCCUCACCACGAGUUCCACUAAGCCCCAGUAUUCGGCCGCUACCUGCGCCAGCUCUCUACAUGUGAUAUUAUAGCUUAUUAACUCUUUAUUUAGAUAGUCUUUAGUCGAGUGACUUCGUUUGUAUGGAAAUAAGACUGCGGCGAAAAUAAACUUGUUAAAAAAAUA